GUGGAGAAGUUUUGAUUGUGAUAAUUAUUUAUUGGCAUAUUUUCUUCACCCAGGAUAUCGCGGCAUUGGAUUACGAGAACAACAAUUUCAAACAAUCGCAAAAGCAGCAAUUAAAAUAUGGCAAGAAAAAGGACAUGAUCAAUAUGAAUGUGCAGACCUUGUGGCGCUUAUGCGACAAUUUCGGGAAAAAGAAGAUGGAUUUGAUCUACCUUAUAGUUUUGAAAAAGAUACUCCUCUAUUAUGGUGGAUGACUAAUCAUAUUGGAUCUAAUUCGAUUGUACAACUUGCGAUCAAGAUUUUUUCUAUUACUCCUCAUUCUGCCGAUUGUGAAAGAACAUUCUCAUCAUUAGGUUGGCUAUAUGGAAAACGACGACAAAGGCUUUCUCUUUCUCGGAUUCAAGCUAUGGCACAAAUUCGAACCUUUUGUAUUUCAAAUGUGAAAAAAGAAUUAGCAUUUUUUGAUAAUGAAUCGGAUAGUAAUAGUGAAAGUUCAGAUGAUGCUGAAAAUGUCGAUGAAAUUGAACAUGAUGAAUCAAUGACUAGUGAUACAAUAGGACGAGGAGUCUUUGAUUUUGAUCCUACAAAAUUGGCGACAGAUUUAGUAAAAGAAUGGAAUUAUGAAAGUAGUAAAGAUAUUAAUGAUAGUAUAAACAGUAUAGAUAAAAUGAAUGAAGAAAUUAGCGAAAGUUUAAAUAAUACAGGUAGUGAAAGUAGUGUUUUAGAAAAUUUACCUAUAGCACUUCGAAAAACAUGUCGCCAAAAUCCAA